AUGUGCAGUUGGUUACCGAAGCUUUGGGCAGUUCUUGGCAUUACCUGUUCCUCUCAUGGCUCUGUAUGUACACUUCAGUUGUUGGGCGGGAAGCCACAUGGUUUGAAGGAUGCUUUUGCCACUCUGAACUUUUGGCUUCUCACAACAGGUGGCAAAGAAGAAAGCAGAUGCUUGCAGAACAAUGCCCUGGAGGAUCUUGUGUUUGGCAAGGCAGGCGUCUACCUGCACUUGCGCUUGGCCAUUGCAAAGAUUUGCGCUUUUGGGCACUACUGCGGCUAUUCAUUGGCGGCUGCCAAAGAUGCGGUGGCCAGGGGCAUUGCAGAGUAUGAUGCCUUGUUGCCUCACAACAGGGAUUCCGUGUCGGCGUCCCUGCUGGAACAUGAUGCUGUGGUAGCGAUGCAGUUGAGGCAUUUUGCCGUGACCGAGGACAAGCCGCUUCAUGAUUACCCCGAUGCGUUUAUUGCUAUCCGUGCUCGUGCAUUUGCGCUUUUGACUGAAAGACACACUGAAGGUGAACAUGCGCGUGUCAAGUUUCAUGCGCAGCGUGGUUUCAGGUUUGCAGGCCCAGUUGUUGCAGCUGCCCGCAAGCGAUGGGCAGAAGUGCAGGCCAUGAUUCGGGACCAUUUGCAUUGGUUGGCAGAGCACUGGCAUACCAAGACUUUGUUUGUCACCCUCCUGCAACACAUGCUGCCACAGGAAGAGGUUCAUGCUAUGACUUUUGCGCAGCGUUGUCAACGUGUGUAUGCGUGCCACCCCAAAGACCACUUCGCUGAUAUGAGCAAAUGGGAGAAAGAAGCUGAUGCAUUUCAGAAAACAGUUAAGAAAGUGCAGCUGUCCCUGGAAAAAUCUUUCAAGGUCCUGGCUGAUGAGGCAAUGCAAAUGGUUUUCUUCAUCAAGCAUUUUCUACCGAAUGGCACUUUUGCGUCCGUACCUGCAAGUCUUUGGCGCGCUGGUACUUUGCCUUCCCAUGCAGAAGGGCCAGAUGUCCCGUCUGCAAGUGUCCUGGAGAAGUGCCUCCUGUCUCCCAAGUUGCCUGAGUUGCAUGCUCUGCAGGAGCACGUGUUUUUCUCGGUGGUUGAUGCUCACCCCGAAGCUAAAGUGGUUGUGAAAACAAGGAAGACAAGGCAACCUUCAACUGUGCUUUGCGUUUCGUUUUUCCCACAGGUAGCGUGGGAGGGAGGUGGGGUGAAACUUACCGUUGAAGCUAGAGAGGCAGUGUUUUUGGAUGUGUCGGCCUGGGUCUUGCCAGCGGAGUUCGAGACCUUUUGCCGAGAUGCUGUGGUGUGGAGGGCCAGCUGUUCCGAACUGCAAGUGAACCUGAAUCCUGCCUUGACAUCUUCCGAGGUCCCCUUGACAUUGCCGGACUUUUUUGGCGACGAUGACCCCCUGGAAUCAUUGUUGCUUUACGAUGCAUCUGAAGAGAGAGCCAUUGAAUUUUACCAGGGGAAAAAACAUGAAACUGGGUUGAGCGUGGACAUUGCAGGGCGCCCCAUAACCCAUGACCAGCAAUCUACCUUGAUGUCGCUUGUUGACAGGAAAGCCUUUGGGGCUGAAAGUGCUUGUGGUGUGUGGGACAUGUCGUUCUACAGCAGCCAAGCCAUCCAGUCACUGGAAGCGUUGGGGCUGAUCAAAAAAGAAACUGAUGAGCUGGGCGAUGACCAUUGGUGGCUUGCUGAUGCCGGCCAAAUCUUUCCAGGCAUGAGGCUGACUGAGCCUGCGUGUUUGCUGGAGGAGUUCCAUUCUCCUGGCUGCGCGCGGCAGAGGUCACGUCGUUCAUGUAAGCUUGCUUUUGUUUUGGCUUUGUUGCAGGAUGGUUGGUCAAUGAAGGGAUGGAAGGACAACCUCAUUUUCUUUCAUAAAGGCGAGGAGUGCCUCAACUACAACAAGACCAAGAAAGCUCGCGCUAAAGCGAAGUCUGGAGGGCGUGGCAAGGCCACUUCUUCCAGAGCAGAUGUCCUCGCCGAUGAGGAUAUGCUUCCUUUAGAUGAUGUGGAGCGUUCACUUUUGCAAAUUCCUGAGGGUGAUUUGCAACUUCAAAGUGUUGGUUGCAAGGAGCCUACCAUGAAGGAUGUUGUUGUCCACUAUGACCGCUUCACCCAUGCCAGUGGAAAUCUGCGUGCUUUCACAGCUUGCGUCCACCACCGGGCCUGUCGCCGGUAUGUUUUUGUGAAGAACCAUGGAGACCGACCAACAGCUGAGGACAAAGAGCAGGGAAGCGCCAUGCCUCCUGCAGUCAAAGGUGAGCUCAGCUCUUCUGAGGCUGAGGAGUCUUCAGAAGAAGAGCAGCCACCUCAGAAGGAUGCUGUACAAAGCUCAGAGAGCCCCACCAGAGUCUUGGGGCACCCUACACCUCCAAAGCGGCGGAAGAAGUCUCGUGGCAAGUCCAAGUCCAAGCCGAGGGAGCGUCAUGAUGCUGCUUCUGGUGAGACCGGGGAACUUCGAUGCCGCUUGUGUGACAAGACCUUUGAGAAGCACAUUGGGGACUAUGGGUUGUCGCAGCAUUAUUGGAGCAAGCAUCCCAACAGCACAGAAGCUGCUGAGCGGAGCAUAUUCUACCGGCAGAAGUCCAAGGGCGAAGGAAGGAAAGGGAAAUCAUUGCCUGCGACUUUGCAAGGACGGCGAAUGCCAGAAGAUCGUGACCAGAGUCAUCGAUCUAAGUCCUGUGGCCAUGUUGUUCGGGAUUUUUCUCAUUUGCCACAACCACCAGCCAUGCCAAAGGCGGUCAAGGUUGAACCGGUUGAGGCAAACGUGCCCAAGAGUGGGGCUGGAGAUGUCCAUGACCAGAAGCCACCACCUGUUGAGCGCCGUGCUGAGCCUGUGCGUGUUGAAUCAGAGUUGGGAUCCGAGCGCCCUACCCCAGCUGCUGGUGUUGGUGCGGCCAGUGAGGCAGAGCGCCAUGCUACUGUCCGAGCGCUGCUUCAAACCACGAACAUUCUACUUCGAGGCAAGAGCUCUGCAGACCUCACCGAGUGA